AUGGAGGUUGCCUUUGCCCACGUGUGUUCCACUCAAAACGGAAUCCACUUUGGUCCAGAAGGGCCCCUCUCCUCUGGCAGGGAUGUUGGGUCUGGCCCGCCAGCCUCCGGCCUUCAUCCUGCCAGCCCUGCUAAAUGUCUCUUCUCGUUCCAGGUUGGUGAUAAAGUGAUGAUAUUAUCCAGAUCGGGGCUCUGGCAGGAAGUGGUGACCGUUCCAGCCAACCAGACGUUCCUGAUGCCAGAAGGGAUGAGCUUUGAGGAAGGUGCGGCCUUCCUGGUCAAUUAUAUCACGGCCUACAUGGUCCUCUUUGACUUCGGCAACCUGCGACCCAACCAGAGUGUCCUGGUCCACAUGGCAGCAGGUGGGGUGGGAACUGCCGCAGUCCAACUCUGCCAGACGGUGGAAAACGUCACCAUUUUUGGAACAGCCUCCCCCCCCAAGCAAAAAAAUCUCAGGGAAAAUGGAGUCACCCAUCCCAUUGAUUACCGGGGAGCUGAUUACGUGGAGGAAGUCCGAAAAAUCUCUCCGAAAGGUGUAGAUGUUGUCUUGGACCCCUUGGGGGGCUCAGAUACCACAAAAGGCUUUCACCUCCUGAAGCCCAUGGGCAAACUGGUCACCUACGGUGUGGCCAACUUGCUAACAGGGCAGAGGAAGAACCUGAUGGCCAUGGCCAAGACCUGGUGGAACCAGUUCAGCAUCAAUGCUCUGCAGCUGCUGCACCUCAACAAGGCUGUCUGUGGCUACCACCUGGGCUACCUGGACGAGGAAGUGGAGCUCAUCAGUGGCGUGGUGACCAAGCUGGUGGCCCUGUACAGCCAAGGCAAGAUCAAGCCCAAGGUGGACUCUGUCUGGCCCUUUGAGCAGGUGGUGGACGCCAUGAAGCGGAUGCAGGAGAAGAAGAACAUUGGGAAGGUGGUGUUGGUUCCUGAAGCGCCGCAGAAGGACGAGAGCCAGAAAGCGGAGAACUAGAGUGGAGGGGACUCUGGGGAGGGGGUGUCCUCGGCCCACCUCCAUGUUGUUUUUGUUUUAGCCCACCCCCCCAACAACAACAACCCUUUGAGGGAAGUGGGAAUGGACACUGCUGUCAAUGGGAUAAGUGAUGCAGGAUGGGGUCAGCUGGUAGCCUUAAAAAAUAACCCACGCUUUUGAGUUUCCACGCACCUCUCCGUUGCGGUGACACUCAGAAGACUGCAUUGUUUUCAUAAAGUGCUGGUUGGCCCUGGAGAAUCCCCCUCUCCCCUGCAUCUCCCCUUCUGUAAUUUCAGUUCUUUUGCGCAGUUGAGGAGCAACAGGACACCCGUUGAGGGGGGUGGCGCUGGGGAGAGUCGGGUAAAACGCCCCCUUGUUUCUGGAUGGUUUUCUUUUCCCCGUGGCUUGCUUUCACACACUCACUGUUUACAUUUCCACCCUCGGGCAUCCUCUCCCCCCCUUCCUCCCCCCACACGCUCCCUUGGCAACUAAUGGCUUCGCAGCACCUCCCGACUCCCGUUGUCCCAGCCACCGUUGACUGUUUCCAUAGAAACCAAACCUGCCACUUCUGAGGGGCACUUGUAACGUGCAGAACCUGCCGGAGGCUUGCAGUUCAGCUUUGCGAACAGGGAGCCGGGCGGGGUGUGUGGGGGGGGGGUCUUUGCUGCCUCCGGGCCCACCGUUGAGUCAGGGGCAUCCCUCGCCUGCCCUCUCCAGCCUGAAAGUGCCCACAGGGCUCAACGCAGCCUCCACCCACCCACGGGGCCCUUUUAGAAUGCCUUUAGAAUCCCCCUGGCUUUCAGCCCCUGCUGUGGGCACCCCGCCCCCUCGCCAGCCGUUCCUGUCUGAACGGGCAGGGCCCAAGAGCCAGGUGGGGUGGGGUGGGGGUUGGCCGCCUGGUCAUCUCAAAGCUGGGCAGCAGCCGCCAUAGGUGGCCGUCUCUCUUGGCGUGCCUCGUGGCUCCUGGUGUGACUCAGGUCUGGGGGUGGAAGAAGGAGGCGAGGGCCCCAACGCCCUCCAUCUGUUCUGCCCCUCCUCUGAACCCAGCUGGCUGGCAGGGGUGGCUAACCCACGCCCUCCUGCCACCCUGAGUGCGGGUUUUCUCUUGGGCUGCGUCUUGGUUCCCACGGGGUGUGUGUGCGGGCCGUGUGUUGUGUUUGGGACCCUCUGAGGACCAGCCAGCCAUUGCCCUUGGGUCUGCGUUGCUGCUGGGGGGACGUUAGCGAUUCUCGUGCAGGAGGCAUCUCACCCCACCCCACCCCACCCCCUGGGCACACAGGAGGCCUCUCCUGCUUGCCGUGGGAACCAGAGGGUGCUUGUGUGCCAAAAGGCUCCUCUGCCAAGGCAGCAGCUCUGCGGCACCCCUUUCUGCCCCAGCCGUUGCUUCUCUUGGCCCCGAGCCGUUCCUUGAAAACCCGGACCUUUCCCCCAUUCCGGUAAAUCUCGGGAGCCUUUCCAGGUCUCCAGCCCCAGGAUUUCUCCUUGCCUUUAUGUUUUUCCCCACAUGGCAGAGGCAGUGCCAAGCCUUUUCCUGGGAAGCGGGCAACGGGGGUGUGUGGGGAAUCUGGUGCGUUUCUGGCACUCCCCCCUCCCCUCCAGAAGCCCCCCGAAGGCUCCCUUGAGCAACCUGGAAGCAGAGGCUGUCUUUGGGCUGCUACGUUUGGCCUCUGAACCCUCAGCUGCCAGGCGUUCUUUGAAGGGAGGCUCCGUGAGAUCUCCUCGCCCGCUUUCUGCGGCACCCUUGCUCGCCCCGUGGUGCCCUGUGCGGUUCUGGCACCCGUCCUCGGCCAUCUUGCGCUUAUUUUCUCCAGUUGUCUUACAGAGGCUCUGAGAGGGGUGGGGCGGCUUGGUGAGCACGCUCCUGGUCUUUGGGUGUGCUUCAAAUCCUGCUGUGGCCGAUGCAUUUUUGAAGCAUCCUCUGGACUCCUCUCAUAGGCAGCAAAUGAGUCUCGUAGC